UAAGCAAUUGUACGCCAACAUGGAAAGAUUUAUAUCAGAAAAUAUUUCCUUGCAUAGUGCUAAAUUUAUUUGACACCCGUAUUUAAAAUACCCACAAUGAAAAAAGUUGAAAAAAAUAGUGAAUAAAAACAGUGUUAAAUGCUCUAGAUAUUGGCAUAAUUCAUCGAUUCGACUAUUUUUACUUUAUUUUAAGCAAAUUGUGAAGGCCAGAAAGGUAAUUUUAAGAGAAAACCUGUAUUUUUAAAAGAAAAUUAUAGUGAUCUGAUGGAAAAUCAAAAAGAAAACAUGGAUCAAACAGAAAAUGUGUCGAGAAUACCUAUAAAAAUAGAACAUGAAGGUGAAAUGCUAAGAAAAGAACCUUUUUGGGUGUUUGGAUAUGGAUCUCUUUGCUGGAACCCUGGCUUCGACUACCAACAGUCAGUUACAGGAUACGUGAAAGGAUUUUCACGACGUUUUUGGCAAGGCAAUACAACUCAUCGCGGAACCGAAACCAAGCCCGGACGAGUUGCGACUCUAAUAGAAGAUAACGAGGGUGUCACGUGGGGCAAAGCAUUUUUAAUAGCAGCAGAAAACAAAGCUGCACUACCCUACCUUUCCACUAGAGAAUGCAAACUCGGCGGCUACAGAAUAUACACAGUCAACUUUCAUCCUCGGCCGUGUCUCUUCUCUUCCCCUAGUAGCAGUAGUAGCAGUAGUGACUUCCAAACGGAUAGAAACGCAUUACUGUAUAUCGCCCUGCCAGAAAAUAGACAUUGGCUCGGUGCUGCGCCUUUACCCGAUAUAGCUAAGCAAAUAUUAGAAUGCCACGGAUCAUCCGGUUCUAAUGCGGAAUACCUUUUGAAGUUAGCAGAUUUUAUGAGAGAGGAAAUACCAGAAGCGUUAGAUGAACAUCUCUUUUCUUUAGAAAGACUUGUUAGAAAAUUCGCUUCAGAUAUGAGAAUUUGCUUGAAGACGUUAAUGGGUGAAAAGGAAGAAAUAAAGGAGGAACAGAAACAAGAAGCUAGGGUUGUGCCUAGCUUCCAAUUCGCUUCCCGUGUACCCGAUAAGAAAUUACGCUGUGUGAAUAUGUGAUAAUCUUUGACAUGAUUGGAGUUUGAAACCCAGUUUUCAAUAAAGGAGCGGGCACCUAUGACUAAACUAUCGCACAAUUGAUGUCGAUUGUCGAUUGUUUCGCAGCCAAUUGUUUAGUUGCAAAACUAAAAAU